ACCCGAUCUGCGACUACGAGCUGAUAGCAUGACAGAUCCAUCCAGAUCAUACAAAACAAAAGAAUCACACACACACACGCACCAUACGUGGGAUUUGCCAGCACUGCACAGCCAGCCGCAUCCCAAGAAAGAAAGAAACCCAUCGAGGAGGAGUUGGAGGAGGAGCAACAGCAACGACACUGCCAGUUGCCACCGGAACCGGAGCGUCCUCCCUCCCCCGCCUCUCUCCCUCCCGGAAUAUAUCUCCUCCGAGCCAGCCUCCCGCGCUCACCCCCUUUGCCUCCGGCCAUGGCGGCGGCGGCGGAGGAGGAGGGGCGUGCGCCGACCAAGUACGUGCUGAUUACCGGCGGCGUCGUCAGCGGCCUCGGCAAGGGCGUCACUGCCAGCAGCGUCGGCGUCGUCCUCAAGUCCUGCGGCCUGCGCGUCACCUGCAUCAAGAUCGACCCAUACUUAAACACAGAUGCUGGUACUAUGUCUCCUUUUGAGCAUGGUGAGGUGUUUGUGCUUGAUGAUGGUGGAGAGGUGGACCUGGAUUUAGGGAAUUACGAGCGUUUCUUGGAUGUUACUCUUACGAGGGAAAAUAACAUUACCACUGGGAAGAUAUAUCAGUCUGUCAUUGAGAAGGAGAGGAAGGGUGACUAUCUUGGAAAGACGGUCCAGGUUGUUCCUCAUGUAACUGAUGAAAUAAAACAAUGGAUACAAUCAGUAUCCUCUGUUCCUGUGGAUGGGCAGACUCGUCCAGCUGAUGUUUGUGUUAUCGAAUUGGGCGGCACUGUAGGUGAUAUUGAAUCAAUGCCAUUCAUUGAAGCUCUACGUCAGUUGUCAUUUUCUCUUGGUAAGGACAAUUUUUGCCUCAUACAUGUGAGCCUUGUUCCAGUAUUGGGUGUAGUUGGUGAGCAAAAAACUAAGCCAACACAACACAGUGUACGAGAACUAAGGGCCUUGGGUCUUACUCCUGAUCUUCUAGCAUGCCGAUCAGCACAGCCACUAAUAGGAUCCGCGAAGGAGAAGCUUUCACAAUUUUGUCAUGUACCGGUUGAGAACAUACUUAACAUCCAUGACGUCCCAAAUAUAUGGCAUGUUCCCCUUAUUCUUAGAAACCAAAAGGCUCAUGAGGCUAUAAUCAAACAACUAAACCUUUCCAGGUCUGCUGGCCCCCCUGAAUUACGAGAUUGGACGCUGAUGGCCGAGUCAUAUGAUAACCUCAGUACCUCUGUUAAAAUUGCUUUGGUUGGGAAGUACACUAAUCUGUCAGAUUCUUACUUAUCAGUGGUGAAGGCUCUCCUACAUGCCAGUGUUGCAUGUUCACAGAAACCUUCUAUCCAGUGGGUUUCAGCUUCAGAUCUCGAAGAUGCAGCUGCUGCAAGUGCACCAGAUGCUCAUGCUAAAGCUUGGGAAACUCUUAAGGGUUCCUCGUGCAUUUUGAUACCUGGAGGAUUCGGAGAUCGUGGAAUAUCUGGGAUGAUAUUGGCUGCAAAAUAUGCUCGUGAGAAUAAAGUACCAUAUCUUGGCAUAUGCUUGGGAAUGCAGAUAUCGGUGAUUGAGAUGUCCAGACAUGUUUUGGGCCUGGGAAAUGCAGACAGUGAAGAGUUCAACACAGACACAUCAGGUCGUGUUGUUAUGUACAUGCCUGAGGUAUCAAAAACACACAUGGGAAACACGAUGAGGUUGGGUUGCCGUCGAACGUUCUUCCGUAAACCAGAUUGUCUGACAUCGAAACUGUAUGGAAAUCCUCCACAUGUAGAUGAGCGCCAUCGUCACAGAUAUGAGGUCAAUCCUAGCUUUGUUCCAAUGCUUGAGAAUGCUGGACUUCAGUUUGUUGGUUGUGAUGAAAGUGGAAAUAGGAUGGAGAUUGUAGAGCUACAAGAUCACCCAUUUUACAUAGGUGUUCAGUUCCAUCCAGAAUUCAAGUCGAGGCCUCGAAAACCCUCGCCUCCAUUUACAGGUCUGAUACUGGCAGCGACUGAACACAUGCGAACACUUACAAAUGUCUCCAAUGGUGACGCUGGAGCUUCUGAGUAGUGUCAUUUGCACACUGUCAGAUGGAUAUCGCCCAAUGUGUGUGCAGUUCAAGUAUCUGCUUGUCGUCGAAGCAGUUUGCAUCAUGUAGUCAUGUACCAGAAAUGUACCUAAGCUGAGAGAUACGUUCUGUUUUCCGUGGGGAGUGGCUUAACCGAUCAUCAUACAGUGGGGUCGUAAUUUCGUUGGCUAUUCUGAGAUGGCCAUGCCAAGGCACUUGUCGACAUCAUUUGAGGUACAACCUGUGUAUCAGUCUGAGAUGAUCAUGUAAAGAGUUCUUUGACCUGCCCCCUCUUUAUUACCAUGGUAAAUAUGGCAUGCUGCAAUGCGAAACCCUGGUGAAAUAAGUACCCUUUUAGAAAAAAAAAAUGCUAUAUGUUUUUCUUUCUUUUUCA